CGGUUUCUUUUAAGGGCUUGUUUUAUACGUAAUGAAACGGAAUAAAGCAAGAUGGUCGGCUCCACGAAGUAGUCCUCAAUAUACAACGUUUUGGGCGGUCUAAAUCAAGUCAGAUUUUCCAAUUUCGAGUUUAUUAUUCUGAAAUACCUUAAAGAGCACCCGACUUCUUAUUUCUUUGGGCUGUUCGAUAAUCAGUCGAUGUUAUUCAGACAGUCACCGGGCUAGUUAGUGUUGUGUUUGACCUGACGUUGUCUUUCGAUUGUUGUUAGGUAGUUUUAAAAACCCGAUAGUGACUGGUUGACCGUUUCCUGUUUCCAGAUAAAUACCGGGUGUUGAUUGUACUUAGUCUUUGUAGGGUUAAAGCAAAAACAUAAGCUGAUUACUUUUUCCCCACUGAUUGAUUAAUAUCCCUACAACUUGAAAUCGCUUCGGGAGUCUGGCACGACUUUCCGAAAACGAUCGAGGUCUUGGUUCUGGUAGGAAAGACUUGGGGAUCAUAUUGGGGAUCAACGCAGGACAUGGACGCGGAAGGCAGCCCCGACAGUAACACCAACCGGGGGGAGAGUAGCGACGAAUCUAGCGGCUCCGACAGCCCAACUCUUCCCGCCAGUCCCGGACAGGGCAUCUCAAAGGUACCGGGGGCCAACCUGUACGCCAACGACGGCAGCUUUCUGGAACUGUUCAAGAAGAAAAUGGAAGAGCAGGAGAAGAUGAAAAGAGAGACGGAGGAAGGACAGUCCAAUAAAAGUUCUGCCAAUGAAGGGCAGUCGACGACAGAGAAGAAGACAUUUAACGUGACCAACUUUGUGGGCAAGCGGAGAGGCGGUGCCAAGUUGGCCCUCAAGACAGGAGUGGUUGCCAAGAAACAGAAAUUAGACACUGAGGUUGACACAGGUAAAGGUGAUGCAUGGACUAAGUACAUGGCAGAGGUUAAGAAAUACAAAGCCCACCAGUGUGGAGACGAUGACAAAACCAGGCCUCUGGUGAAAUAGACUUUGGGUCAGACAGACCACCUCCACGCCCUCCUGCCCCUGUAAGGAAAGUCUCUCUCCUCCCUGCAGCCAGCCCUCUGGACACAUUAGUACCAUGGUACUAUGCUCAGCUGGUGUGCCUUUCUGUAUUCCGGCAGCAGCAGAAAAAUGUUCUAGACACGUCUAUUUUUGUGCUUGCAAUACCUGUGUUAGAGAUGGCAAGUGUGAAUGCAUUCAGAAAUGCUCUUCUGAUAACUCCUGCCACCACCUUGAUAGACUUGUGAUAUUGGCUUCAUGGUGUCAUGUUCUAGAUUAAUUGUUUUUGGUUGCCUUAUGUAUAAGUUCCCGUGGUCUCUAUCUUCUAAUAAAAUGUUGAUAUGGGGAUUGGGUGCAUUCAGUGUCACUCUAAGGGUCGUACUUGAAGUUUUUCUUUAGGUUUAUAAUCGGUGGAGUCUAGCAUGACUGUCGUACAGCACCACUGCCCAUCAUGCAGCGCGAUGGUGAAUUAUUAAAUGACGGACUCACGAGUCACUACUCCAGAAUUAAGUCUUUCUCGGGAUCAUAUCCAAGGCUGUGAACUCUCCAGGAUUUUUUUUUUUUUUUUGUGGAAGAUACUUACUGAUCUGAAGUGGCAUCAUUUUGGACCGUUUGCCUGCAGUGCCGACACCGGUGCCUUGUCUGAUAAAUCCCUCGGUACGUCAAGUGAAGCAUCUUCUACAGGCGUAACUUUAAUCCCAGAAAGGUUGUAAUACAGCCUUUGUUAGCACUGAUUAGAUAAGCCAACGGUUUACAUAACAUCUGCUGUCCAUAUUCUUUUUCCAUAAAGUAAAUCUGGAGACCUGUUUUAUGAUUGGGAAAAAUCACACUGUCCAGAGAAGUCUGGUACACAAAAACACACAAGAUAUGUAAGCAAAUUAUCCCGGUUCACAUGCUGUUCAGUACAUGCAAAUGAAGGUUUUUCUGAAAUGUUUUGCUAUGCUGUGGAUAUUAAAAAGGCUUCAUAUUUCUGUCUCUGA